AUGAUGGAAGCAAAUAAAACACAGGUGUAUGAAUUUGUUCUCGUAGGACUUACAAGUCUUCCAGGGCUGCAGGUACCCCUGUUCCUGGUAUUCUUGGUCAUCUAUCUAACAACUAUGGUGGGCAACCUUGGACUCAUUCUUCUCAUUUGGAAGGACUCGAAUCUUCAUACCCCCAUGUACUUAUUUCUUGGUAGUUUAGCCUUUACAGAUGCUUGUUCUUCAACCUCUGUGACUCCCAAGAUGCUAAUGAGUUUUUUAUUUAAGAAUCAUAUGGUAACCCUAGUUGAGUGUAUUACCCAAUUUUAUGUUUUUGCUUCCAGUGCAAACACGGAAUGUUUCCUUCUGGUAGUAAUGGCCUAUGACCGCUAUGUAGCCAUAUGUAACCCCUUGCUUUAUCCAGUAGUGAUGUCCAAUAUCUUUUGCAGUCAGUUAUUAGGUGUUUCAUAUAUUAUUGGGUUUCUUCAUCCCGUGAUGCAUGUCAGUUUGUUAUUUAGAUUAACAUUUUGUAAGUCCAGUGUAAUACAUUAUUUCUACUGUGAAAUUUUACAACUGUUCAAGAUUUCCUGUACCGACCCUAGAGUUAAUAUGCUUCUGAUUAUUAUAUUUUCAGUCUUUAUACAAUCCUUCACGUUUAUGGCCAUCAUGGUCUCUUACACCCGUGUCCUCUUUGCCAUCCUGAAAAAGAAGUCUGAAAAGGGCAGGAGCAAAGCCUUUUCCACAUGCAGUGCCCACCUGCUCUCCGUCUCCUUGUUCUAUGGCACUCUCUUCUUCAUGUACGUGUGUCCUGGGUCUGGGCCAGCUGAAAAUCAAGAUAAAAUGUAUUCUUUAUUUUAUACAGUCAUAAUUCCUCUGUUAAAUCCUUUUAUUUACAGUCUGAGGAACAAAGAGGUUAUAGGUGCCUUGAGGAGAAUGAUAAAUAAGUAG